GCUGGUGGGGCAGGACCGGGACAGGAGAGCGAACGGAGGGCUCUUCUGCGGCAAAGUAAGCGCGUAUCCAGGGGCUUUAUUCCCUGUUUCUUCCCCCCCUUUUUUUUCCUUCUCCGCGUCUGUUGAAAUGAGGACAUAAUCCACGCGAGACCAGCUGCGCACAAACACUUCUGAAGUUGGAGAGAAUUUGGAGCGGCGAAGAAGAAGAAGAAGUAGAAGAAGAAGAUGGAGGGCUUGAAGAUCGUCGCACUGUGUUUUCUCCUCGGGGCCCUGAGCAACGCCCAGGCCCCUGAGUGCAGCAAGAAGAGAGAGUGUCCCAUUGACGUGUACUUCACCAUCGACACGUCUGAGACCAUCGCCCUGCAGGAGACACCACCCGGAUCCCUCGUGGAGAGCAUCAAGACCUUCAGUGAGCGCUUUGCCGAACGGUUAGAGGACGCCGACCUUCAAGGCGCCGUGCGAAUCAACUGGAAUAUCGGCGGACUGCACUUCUCCCAGACACAGCAGGUGUUCAGCCGCAUGGGCUCCAAGAGCGAUUUCAUCAGUGGUGUCAGGGGAAUCCGUUACCUCGGGAAGGGCACCUACACGGACUGCGCCCUCACCAACAUGACCCAGGAAAUGCGACGCUCGCCCUUCUACCCCAACGCUCUGAGGUUUGCCGUGGUCAUUACCGACGGCCACGUGACCGGCAACCCAUGCGGGGGCAUCAAAGUGGCGGCGGAAAGGGCUCGGGACGAGGGCAUCCGCAUUUUUGUGGUGGCGGCUUCCAAGAACAUCGAUGAGACGGGACUCCGGGAGAUUGCUAACACUCCAGCGACAGUCUACAGGAGGGACUUCAUGGCUGUGGACUUGAGCUCGGGCAGAGCUGUGAUCCAGACGGACACCAUCGACCGCAUCAUUAAGACCAUUAAACAUCUAUCAUACGUAGAGUGCUACAAAGUGUCCUGCCUUGAAACAGCCGGUCCACUCGGUCCACAAGGCCACAGAGGACAGAAAGGUGCCAAAGGAGACAAUGGUGACCCAGGUCCGAAAGGACUGGGAGGUCGCCCAGGUGACCCAGGUAUUGAAGGACCCAUUGGUCAGCCUGGUAUUAAAGGAGAGUCGGGUCUUAAAGGCGACAAGGGAGAGCUGGGCACUCAAGGGAAAAAGGGUGUAGCCGGUAUCGCAGGGCGCAAUGGGACAGACGGACAGAAAGGUAAAAUCGGACGGAUCGGUUCUCCUGGCUGCAAAGGAGACUCAGGCGACAGAGGUUCGGAUGGUCACCCUGGAGACGUUGGUGAAUAUGGUUUUCCUGGAACUGCUGGAGAUAAGGGAGAUCCGGGACGUCCUGGAAGAUCUGGUCCCUCUGGCCCUCCUGGUGAAGGUGGACCAAAGGGAGAAAGGGGAAGUUCUGGAGCACCUGGCCAACCUGGACAGAAAGGAACUGCUGGUACUCCUGGACUUCCUGGGACUAGAGGAGAGCCAGGAAGACGAGGAGAUUAUGGAACCAAAGGUGCUCAAGGACCAGAUGGGCCUAACGGAGAAAAGGGUGAAAUGGGUUCAGAAGGUCUGAGGGGGCUUCCAGGCGAAUCAGGAAACAAAGGAUCAAAGGGCGACAAUGGUCUUCCAGGCCCAAGAGGACCACCAGGAUCCCCAGGAGAGCCUGGACGCAAUGGUACAAGAGGUGAUGCUGGUGAUGCUGGACCAAGAGGAGAUCCAGGAACAGUUGGACCUAAGGGAGACCAUGGAAGACCUGGUUUCAGCUAUCCUGGACCAAGAGGAUCAUCGGGUGAAAGAGGAGAGAAAGGAAACCGUGGACCUCGUGGCGGCAGAGGGGACUGUGGUCCGAAGGGUGACCCUGGAACUAAAGGACCCUCAGGAGAGCCAGGUGAACCAGGACCUAAUGGAGAGCCUGGAACCCGAGGACCCAGAGGAGACGCUGGGCGCGAUGGGGAUCCGGGUCAUGAAGGAGAUCCUGGCCUCACAGAAUGUGAUGUCAUGAGCUACAUCAGGGAAACAUGUGGCUGCUGUGAUUGUGAGAAGCGGUGCGGCGCUUUGGACAUCGUGUUUGUCAUCGACAGCUCAGAGUCUGUGGGCCUGACCAACUUCACCCUGGAGAAGAACUUUGUCAUCAACACCAUCAACCGACUGGGAUCUCUCGCCAAGGACCCCCAGUCGGAAACAGGCACAAGAGUGGGAGUGGUUCAGUACAGUCACAGCGGAACGUUCCAGGCCAUCCGACUCGAUGACCCCAAGAUUGAUUCACUUUCCUCAUUCAAGGAAUCUGUGAAGCGCAUGGAGUGGAUCGCUGGGGGAACAUGGACUCCCUCUGCUUUGAAGUACGCCUACGACAACCUGAUCAGGGACAGCCGUAGAGCCAAAGCCAACGUCACCGUGGUGGUCAUCACUGACGGACGCUUCGACCCCAGAGACGACGACUCGUUGCUCACCUACCUCUGCAGUGAUCCCAGUGUGGAUGUGAGCGCCAUCGGUAUCGGAGACAUGUUCGACCAGAUUGAGGAGAAUGAGAUUCUGAAGAGCAUAGCCUGCCAAAGGGACGGCAGAGUUCUGGGCAUGAGGCGCUUCGCCGACCUGGUGGCCGAGGAGUUCAUUGACAAGAUUGAAACUGUGCUCUGCCCAGACCCUGUGGUUAUAUGCCCUGACCUCCCAUGUAAGACAGGUAAGACUUUCAACCUUUGA